CUCUGUCUCGACCAAAAAAGAUUCUUUCAUCUAGUGAUAAGAAAGUAGAUAAACAGAACAAUGUAACCCAAGCUCUAUUUGACUAUGUGAAAGAAGAAGCCAAAGCUCCAGUUGCUUCAACAUCUGGGAUUUCUGAGACUUCUGAACUACCUGAGACAGUAAAUAAAAAGCCUAAAGCUAGUAAGUCACCUGAAUCUAUUGAGCCUAUAAGUGAAGUGCUAGAUACGUCUCCUAAAAAAGCUGAUUCUUUUAAGUCUAUCAAUGAA